UGUAAUGUGUGUUCUUGGGUCACACCCGCCAACAGAGGGUGCGCAUCGUCUCCUUGUAAAAUUAGCAUAGAGGAGGGAAUAAAUACUUCUGUUUGUAGCUUAGACAUAUUUCAAAUUGUGAAGCUCACUCCGUUGAAUAACAUGCCUGAGCUAGCUAAGUCCGCACCGAAGAAGGGAUCUAAGAAGGCCGUCACCAAGACCGCCGGCAAAGGUGGGAAGAAGCGCAGGAGGUCCAGGAAGGAAAGCUACGCUAUCUACGUGUACAAAGUCCUUAAGCAGGUUCAUCCCGACACCGGUAUCUCUUCUAAAGCCAUGGGAAUCAUGAACUCUUUCGUUAACGAUAUUUUUGAGCGUAUCGCCGGUGAAGCGUCUCGUCUCGCUCAUUACAACAAGCGAUCCACCAUCUCAUCGAGAGAGAUCCAGACCGCCGUGCGUCUGCUGCUGCCCGGUGAACUGGCCAAACACGCCGUGUCCGAGGGCACAAAGGCCGUCACCAAGUACACCAGCUCCAAGUAAAGCGUUAUCUAAAGCUUUUGGCUACCCCCAAAGGCUCUUUUAAGAGCCACAUAUGUUCUCGGAUAAAGAGCCUUUAACCAGCUUUGAUCUAAAAGAGAUCAGAGUGUUGAGCACGAACUUGCAUAUGUUGAAGCAUUGACGGAAAAACAAAAACGCCAUUCUAGUCAGUAAGGGAGGAAAUAUGAAAGUUUAGUUCGCACUUAUUAGUAGCUGUCUUUGUUCAAAUAAAGUAACUUUAUUAGGUCACAUAAUAUCGUAUUUGUGUUGUGCAUCUUUGGACCUGAAUUAACAAUGGAUGUAUUUUCAAAUAAACCAAUACAAAUUCG